AUGUUAACAGUCGGCACACACCUCGAACAACGGGUAUACAACGCUCACGAGGCGAUUAUUAGCGGGGCUUCAAACUACCUCAAAGAAGUGUGUCUAGCCGCAAAGAAAUUCGAUGACAGGAAGUACGUUAAUAUUGUCAAUUUAAAUAUCGACCCAGAAGCCAUGGGAGUAGCGCUCCGUUGGAUAUAUGGCGACCCCUACCCCUUUUCGGAAACCAAUUCCUCUUGGUCAUACGGGAAUAUCAUAAUCGCAGCGUCCAAGCUAGGUAUCGAAAAACUAGGAACAACGGCAGUAGAUUCCUUUGAGGAUUGGAGAUCAGAUCCAGAGCAGCUUUUGGAGUAUUUGUUUAAAAUAAACAGUGAGAACUUCACAAAGCCACCAGAUUAUUGGGGAUUUAUCAGGAAUAUUUGUAACUGGACACAUGGAAGCUGCCUUGAGGACCUCGUUACGCUUACGAGAGAUAUCACACCAAGCCUUCCGGCACCGCCUGGAUGGAUAACUAAGAUAUCGAACGGUACAAAUUCAACUCUCCUUGCUGCUCUUUUGCUCGAGAGACAACAAAUGGUCUGCAAUUUUUGGUCCUGUAAGAAGUGCAAGGCUCUUCAGAUGGAAGGGGCUACGGCGCUUGAACCAAGUGAGUGCGAGGAUGACUGGUUUUCAUGCUCGGAUUGUGGCAACCGAGAACGAAUGACGGGGAAGCAUAUGGACUUUAUCAAACAGAAAACAAUUACAGCAAAGGUCCAAGAAGUAGAAGACGGUUCAGACGAAGAUGAAGACGAAAGCAUGCCAUCAGAAAGUAGUAACGAGCUUGAAACCCCUAAGGAUUCUAAAUCAGAAGAUUGUGAUGGUAUAGGCGGUGUUCGACGCCAGAACGUUGAUAAGUAUACCUCUGAGAAGUCAAAUACAUGUCGCAACAUGUGA